AGACACCGGGUGUUGAUUUGCGAUUCAAAUUCGCGCGCACUUGGCGGGUGGACGAAGACAAAAACUCUCGGCAACCUGGCUCCGGCACGGGGAAGCGGUGCAAUCUACACGCUACUGCUGCUGCUGGUUGUCAGCUGUACGCUAGCGACCGCAGCCCGCAACAACUUCCUGCGCCACGAUGACGCCCUGCCGAAGGGCUGCACCUGGACCGGUGCCGUACUGGAAGUUUCGCAGGAGAAAAGAUCGGACGAGCUGCAGUGCAAAAUCAAAACCAUAACCAAGACCGAGAGUCUGCUAGCUAAUAUAAGUAGUUAUCAAAUUGAUAGGAUAAAGUCGCUGAAGCUAGAAUGCAACGACAUUAUGUUCUUCGAAAGUUCCUUAGAAUCGACGACGACGCCGGGCAACUUUCUCGGCAAUCUGAACAGCUUGCUGCGGCUGUCGAUCGAGUACUGCAAGAUUAAGUACAUCCCGGCGAUGGCCUUUUCCAACAUGAAGGUGCUAAAGAGCCUCACCCUGAGCACGCACAACAUUGACUGGUCUGUGAUGAAUUUGGAGCUGCAUCCGGAUAGCUUCCGGGGGCUAACCGAGCUUAAAGAGAUGCACCUGGCGGACAACAACAUCUGGAGUCUACCGAAUGAAGUGUUCUGUCCGCUGUACACACUGAAAGUGUUGAACCUGACCGGAAAUCGACUGAGUGACAUGUCCCAGCUGGGGCUGUCCGACUGGGGCAAGGGCCCGAUAGCACCCGGCAAGGCGUGCAACACCGGGCUCGAAGUGUUGGAUCUGUCGGGAAACGACGUCACCCUAAUGCCCGAUAAUGGCCUCUCGGCGCUAAGGUCGCUAAACGCGCUCUAUCUCCAGAACAACCUCGUGAAGGAAAUCGCCGACCGGGCGUUUGUCGGUCUCGGAACGCUUGAAAUUCUAAACCUCUCCAACAACAAGCUUACCGCGCUCACCCCCGAACUGUUUCAAUCGUCCCGCAAGAUUCGUCAGGUUUACCUUCAGAAUAACUCCCUCUCGGUGCUGGCGCCGGGCGUUUUCGAAGGUCUGGAUCGGCUGGAAACGUUGGACCUUUCCCGGAAUCAGCUGACCUCGACGUGGAUUAAACGGGACACGUUCGCCGGCCAGGUGCGACUGGUAGUGCUCAAUCUCGGCUACAAUCACCUCUCGAAGGUGGACCAGCAUGUGUUCAAGGGGCUGUACAGUUUACAGAUUCUCAACUUGGAGCACAACGCGAUUGAGUUGGUGGCUGAUGGUGCGUUUAGUGAUUUGAAGAAUUUGCAUGCCCUGUUUCUGUCGCACAACCGGCUACGGCAGAUUGAGCCGUACCACUUCAGUGAGCUGUACGUUCUGAACCAGCUCAUUUUGGAAUCCAAUCAGAUUGUGUACAUCCACGAGCGUGCCUUUGAGAAUUUAACGCACUUGCACGAUUUGAGCUUGAACGACAACCGGCUGGAGGAAAUUCCGAGUGGGAUGAAGAGUUUGAAGUUUUUGCAAUCACUGGACCUGGGCAAAAAUCAGAUAACGGAAAUAAAUAAUUCCUCGUUCGAGGGGCUGGAAGAGCUGAUGGGACUGCGGCUGGUGGACAAUCAGAUAACGGAGAUUUCCAGAGAUACGUUCUUCGCGCUGUCGACCAUACACGUGCUGAACCUGGCCAGCAACCGGAUCCGGCACGUGGACCAGUCGGCGUUCAGCUCUAAUCCGACGCUGCGGGCGAUUCGGCUCGAUAAUAACGAGCUGGAAGAUGUGGCCGGGGUGUUUACGUCGCUCUCGUCGCUGGUGUAUUUGAAUAUCUCGGACAACAACAUUGGCUGGUUCGACUACUCGCACUAUCCGCAGUCGCUGGAGUGGUUGGACAUCCACAAGAACAACAUUUCCGAGCUGGGCAAUCGUUACGACGUGGGAAAUUGGUUCCAGCUCAAAAUGCUGGACGUGUCCCACAACCGAAUCAAGCACAUCAACACGAGCUCGUUUCCGAAAAAUAUCGAAACACUGCUGCUGAACAACAACCAGAUUGAGGAGAUUGCCCCGGAGACCUUCGCCGGCAAGGAGAACCUGGUGAAGGUGGUGCUUUACGGCAACCACUUGCGCCGGCUGGAAAUGCCCUCGCUGGCUCUCACGCUCGUCCCGGACACCCGAACCAUGCCGGAGUUUUACAUUGGUGAUAAUUUAAUUCACUGCGACUGCAGCAUGGAAUGGCUACAGCGGAUUAACGAGCUGAGCUAUCUGCGGCAGUACCCGCAAGUGAAGGACCUGGACUCGGUCAUGUGCACGAUGGAGCACGAACGGGGCGAACUGGUGCGGCCCCUGACGGAGAUGAAGGCAAGUGAGUUUCUAUGCAAAUACGAGAGCCAUUGUUUCGCGACGUGCCACUGCUGUGAUUUUGACGCUUGUGACUGCAAGAUGACGUGCCCGGACCGGUGCAGUUGCUAUCACGAUACGGCCUGGGAGUCGAACAUUGUGGACUGUGGCAGCGCCGGGUUGACCACGAUUCCGAGCAAAAUCCCGAUGGAUGCCACGGAUAUCUAUUUGGACGGGAAUAAUUUCGGUCAGCUGGAAAGUCACGUCUUCAUCGGGAAGAAAAAGCUCAAAUCACUGUAUCUGAAUAAUAGCCACAUUGACGAGUUGAAUAAUAAAACGUUUGGCGGAAUUCCGGCCCUCACGGUGCUGCAUCUGGAGGGCAACGGGCUGGAACGGAUCAGCGGGGCGGAGUUUGAGCAGCUGAGGGAGCUGAAGGAGCUGUACCUGGACCACAACGCCAUCGAGGCCAUCGGAAACAAGUCGUUUUACUAUCAAAAGUCGCUGGAGGUGCUUACGAUGGCAGACAAUCGGCUGGCCGAGCUGAAGCCUUGGGAGCUGAUGCCACCGGGCGGUACGUUCCGGCUAAUCUCGCUAAGUGGCAAUAAACUGAGCUGUGGCUGUGAAUCGAUUGGGAAGCUGGUGGACUGGGCCGAGCGGCAGUUUAACGAAACGAAUGGGCUAAGUGAAUUUCAGUGUACGAACAAUAAAUUAGUGAAGGACGCGAUUAAGGAAUGUGAGAGUCACAAGAGUGCCCCGAUAGCGACCCCGACCGUGCAGCGGACGAUUAUCGAUAAUGAUUUUAUAGACUAUUUGCCACUGUUGAUUGCCGUGCUGGCCGGGCUAGUGCUAACGAUUCUGCUGGUGACGUUGGUGUUCAUCUUCCGGAACGAUUUUUGCCUGUGGGCUCACUCGCGGUACGGCGUACGAAUCUGCAAGGACCCGCUGAGCGCGAUGGAACGCUGCGAGGACAACGAGAAACUGUACGACGGCUAUCUUAUCUACAGCUCGGCCGACGCCGAUAUGGUAACUAGUCAAAUUGCCCAGGAUCUGGAGCACAGUGGGUACGCGAUGUGUCUGCACUACCGAGACAUCCACUCGGCGGCCUUUUUGGCCGAUUCGCUGCAGGGGGCGGCGGACGCUUCCCGCAAGCUAAUCCUCUUCAUCAGCGUCAAGUUCUUGCAGUUUGAGUGGUCUCAGGCGGAAUUCCGGGCGGGGCUGCAAAGCGUGCUGGAGCUAAUCCGACCGUCCCGGCGGAGGCAAAAGCUCAUCCUGAUCACCUCCGUGCCCCAGUCGAUGCUCUCGAUGGACCCCAUCAUGGACAUCCUCACGCGAACCUGCACCGUAAUCGCGUGGGACGAUCGGCGCUUCUGGGACAAGCUCCGCUUCGCCAUGCCGGACAUCGGCAAAAACUCCCCUGUAAAUAAGGCGCCCCAUCGCAAAGCCAUCAACAUCCGGUACACCCCGGCCCCGACCAACCCCUCCGCGCCGCCUCCCCCCACCGCCACCUGGCCCAAGCGGCUCAACUCGGAGGUGUGCGUCCAGUACCCGCAGGCCCCACCCCACUCGCCCAACCACAGUACUUACAACACCGAGGACGAACUUUCAACCGCGUCCUCACCGCAGUACGAGGCCCCGUCGCUUCAUCACGCAAUGGGUCCUCCCUACCAUCACCAGAACCACAUUCCACUGCAGCAACAGCAGCAGCAGCAGCAGUUCCACCAUGGACAGCAGGUCAACCAUUCGCCACACCUGCAGCACACCUUCCCCCACCACAUGGCUCAACCCCAGCACCACCCACACCACCACCAGCAGCAACAGCAGGGUUACUACCGGUCCGGCAAGUCCAACGGUGGCAGUGCUGCCAACACGCUGGGCCACGUGUACUCGACCAUCCCGGAGUCGCAGUACAACACGCAUCACUCCCUGAGGGGCGGCGGCGGCGGUGGAGGCGCCGGCGAUAGCAAUCGACCGUACUUUGUGUAAUAUUUACUCUACUUUUUAGGGCCGUUUUUCAAAUCUAUUACACUUCUUUCAUUAUCGCUCGCUCUCUCUCUCGCCGUGUCUGACUGUCUGACUCAUAAAACAGCACUCAUAACUUUAGAGUAAAGUCAUCCAGGAAUACGCCACUUUUCAUCCUCACUUUAUCGUUCAAUCGUAUACUCGCUUUUUAAAUAGGGAGCGCGCGCGAUUUUGCAAAUUUCAAGAAAAGUUGUGUAAAGAGCCGAAAUGUGUAUAAAAUUGUUUAUUACUCCUUCACUUGUACUAGGUAGGUUAGGGUCAAACAGAAAACGAGAAAAGACUUAUUUGAUUAGAAACUUAAUCACUCUCUCUCGCGCGCAGCUGAGCUAUGGCUUCGUUUGGUGCGUAUCGUUGGCGCAUUCGUUUGAAAGUUCGUUCCGCACUAAGUUGUGUAAAAGUAUUUUUAAGAUGGUGACAUCUUCGGUUACAUCCCAAUGAAGCUGUUAGUCUAAUUUUACUGAUAAGAAAUUGAGAAAAACAUUUCAAUUGAUUUGUAACCGAAAAUGAUCGAGAAAUGAGGUUCUUCAAACGAAUGUGCCAUAAUCAAACUAAAUUUCGCGUUUUAAGAAAAUUGAUUAUUUUUUUCCGUGGACAAACCACACCAUUUCAACAUCUUCAAGAGCGCCAACUAGCCCAUGUGUGAUAAAGCAGCAGCACUGUUGUGGUCCCUCCGCUAGACCACACUAAAUUAUAAUGAAACGGUUUGUUGAUUUGUUUUAAUUGAAAGUGACCGCAUCUCGGUCUGUGAGGCGUUCGUUGUGCGGCAACGUCUUCAGUGAACCCUUUUCUUGACGCUUCAAUUACACGGCGCGAUAGUGGUUUCAGGGACGGGGACGGGAUCCGACGGAACAACAAUGACGGACAUUAUCUUGCAGUGUUUUGGGGAUCGCGGGUUGGGACAUAGACGGAGAUUUAAGAUGAUGCAAGAUUCGCCCAAAAUAAGGACGGAACACUGAAAACGUCAAAAAAUAUGCACUUUAAAUUUUUGAUCUCCUAAAAAUGAGAAAAACUCUUAAAUUGAUCAAUUGGCUUGUGAUCUAAUUGAGUUGAGUUCAUCUUAAGAAACAUAAUGAAAUUCCAUUGUUCUGCAAUUUCAACACAUUGUGUCUCUAUCCCUACUCUAUGACGAACACAUUUUUGCGGUUCCGUCAUCGACCUCGAAAGCAAGAAAAACUAAUCAAAACUUGUCCCUUGGGAGAUUGCGUCCACAGCGCGUCCCCCUCAUUUGUGGGACAACCGCUAACGUCGUAAUCAACCGGCUCGUACGACGAUUUCUUUUUGACAGGUUACAAUGUUGCGUGCCAUGUCUGUCGUCGUCGGUGAUGCACGCCAGAUGAAAUUGGGGCUCGGAAUCAAUUCAAUUUGAUGUCGCGAGGCCUUGGUGCGUUAAGAGCGAGUCAUGUUAAAACGACGGAAUGUGUGUAGAUAAGGGCCGAUUGGCGAUUGACAAGCCUAGCCCAAGUAAUUGGAUGGUGUAACGCACGCGUUUGAUGAAUUGACCAUUGUUCCGGCGCGAUUUGGCAGCUAAUAUGAUUGGUUUGCAGAACUGACCAAAACAUUGAGCGGUAACUUUCCGGUGUGACGUCAAUUAAUUCUGUGAAUCCUCCAAUCGCGCAGUGUAAUCCACGGCUUAGUACCAUAAAGCAACAAUGUCUAGGGAGAUGAUCAGGGCUCGAAACUUGAAAUGAGGCCACCAACCAGCAUGGCUAAGAAUCCAUAACCUGUUUGACGCCGCGCAACGUGUAGGAAUUCUCGCCCUGUUUUCGUUGGCGACGGCCCGAAAACUAUUAUCUUCCCGUUCCCUGUCCGUUUCCACGUGGGACCCCUAACCCUUGGCCACCCCGUCCAACUCCGGCUUAACCCAAGCAAGAAACGCCGAUUUUGAGCGAUUUUCCCGAUUUGCCAUAAUGGCGUCGUCCGCGUUUGACAGCUACGCCAUAAUGGCGUGCGCGCGCGCCCCAAUUCCGCAAAAAUGUUUGCAAACAAAGGGCCUGCUUUGUCUGCCGGCAAGCUCGUGCUUGGUGAUCUAGUGGUUAGCCCGGAGAGAUCAAGAUCGACCCAAAGUACACACAACAAAACGGGCGGGAAGAGAACGAUUUCUCGAUGCCUGCUGGCGGAUGAAGUCGGAUGAUGAUGAUGCUGCGUGUUGUUGUUGUUGGGACGAGCCUUCGACUCGGUUAUGGUUCCGCCACUUGGCGUGACUCUCGCAAGUCAGUCUCGUCUCUUCUUUUGUUGUGGUCGCGACGGCAUAUAAAUGGCUGCUUCAUUUAUUAAAACCGUUUAAGAUUUAUUUAUUUUUACAAUUAGUCAUUGAUUAUUUUAAAUGGACGGCCGGGUUCCCGGGAGGUUCGGGUUGGGAGAAAGCUUGGAGAAGAAAAAUGAUGGAACUCCUCUGUCCCGCCGUCGCUUGUUGGAACGAGGCCUUUGUGUUGGCUAUACCGACUGUUAGAUGAAAUGGCUGUGAUAGAGGGUUUAUCGUUUGUCAUACGGAGCUUGAAAGUAGAGAGGCAGCGAUUGCUCAAGAGUUCGUUUUAAUAGCGCAGAGUGACACAAAUUUCGCCUAAUUGAAGUUGACACUCUCCGGUGGAGUACACUGCCGGUUUCCGGAACAUUUGGCGAAAUUACUUCCGCGCCUUCCGGCGAAACUUCAAAGCAAUUUUAAGCUCCAUUAAACGGCGUGACCUGUGAACAAUGCAAUCCCGGUGCCGUCGGAAUGCCUCCGGAUGACGCGCCCACGGCAGUUGCAUUCUUGGCGGCGCGUUUCUCGCUAGGUGUUGACUUGAAAUAUGCACCGCCAUUACUGGGUAAAGAUUCCAUCGAUAAGCCGGGAAGUGGCUCCGAGGGAGCAGGGUAAGGUGGCGUCACUCUUGACCUCCGUGGCAAUUUUCCAAGAAGAGGCAGUUGGAGUAGUUGAGCAGUGUUGUGAAUCUCAAAGAGCUCACGGUAUGCUCAAAAUGAACCAUUUUGAGACUUUUGAGCUGUCAAACAAAUCUGACUGAGAGAGCUCUCGUUUUGCUCAUGAUGCUCUUUUGAGCUCUCUAAGAGUUCUUUUGAGCUUUCAUUUUUGUUUUGAUAAGCAGUGUUGUGAUUUGCAAAGAGCUAGCGGGAAGCUUAGUGACCCUUAAACUGUCAAAUUAUUCUGACAGAGCUCUUGUUUUUUUCUCAACCUUUCUCUUGACCUGCGUUGACAAUUUGUCAAAAAGAGUCAGUUGGUUGAUGAGCGCAGUGUUAUGAAUCUCAAAGAGCUCACGAGAAGCUCAAAAAGAACUCAUUCGAGACCUUUGAGCUGUCAAACAGUUGUGACUGAGAGAGUUCUCGUUUUUUUUUCAACCUUUCUCUUGACCUGCGUGGCAAUUUGUCAAAAAGAGUCAGUUGGAGUUGAUGAGCGCAGUGUUGUGAAUCUCAAAAAGCUCAUGAGAGGAUUAAAAAUAACUCUUUCGAGACCUUUGAGCUGUCAAACAGUUGUGACUGAGAGAGCUCUCGUUUUACUCACGUGAGCAGCAUCAUGAUGCUCUUUUGAGCUCUCUGAGAGUUUAGCUUUCAUUUUUGUUUUGAUAAGCAGUGUUGUGAUUGUGAGCUAACGGGAAGCUCAACAUAAGCUCUUUAGAGACCCUUAAACUGUCAAAUUAUUCUGACAGAGAGAGAGCUCUGAUGCUCUUUUGAGAGCAGCAUGAUGCUCUUUUGAGCUCUAUGAGAGUUCUUAUUGAUUUUCAUUUGUGUUUUAAGAAGAGUGAGCAGGACGGUGCUCUUUUAAGCUCUCUAAGAGUUCUUAUUAGCUCUCAUGGUAUCAAAUCGUUCGUGGGCGCUCGUUACGAGCAAGAUCCAAAAUGACCACAUUUGGCUCAAUUUUCAACUCUGGAUCUAGUGUUGAGUAGUUGCGAACUUAGUUAGGAGAUU